UAUUUCAUUUUUGUGCAAAUACAGUGGAAAUGCAGGCUACAUGGUUUGACAGAAAUGGUUUUGAAGUGCGAUAAACUUGCUGAUUCACUGACUAUAUAAAUAUGUAGUAUGUUCCAAGAGUGUUUGUUUCGAUGUGUAAAAGAUAAUGUGCUUGUGUCUUUGCCUGGCUUGAAAGGUGUUGCAUGUAAGAGCUACAUUUACUCAUCGUGCAGAACUUCCAUUCAUGUUUAGGCAACGUGAGCAUACUGCACUCUUCUCCUCUUUUUCUCUGUCUGUCACUUGAACGCUGAGAGAUUCGUUUCUGAGAAGACCUGUGCACGAGCUAUGAUUAUGGCGUGCUAGCGUUUAUCAGCGCGCGAGGAGCGAAGAGAGGGUCCCUGUCACUGGCCAGAUAAUGGCAACCUGACCCUGAAAGCCACUGAUGACUCUCUAUUAGAGAUAAAGACACAACCUUCCACUGCUCGUCUGUUUAGAAACAUCACCGAAAAACACGCUAAUAUGAGCUCUGUGAAAGCUUGCUUAUAUGUUCAGCAACGCUUGUCAAACACGGUGUCGAUUUAUUUAUUUAUACAUGUAUUUAUUUAUUACCAAAUCAAAGUCUUUAUAUCGAAUACCAUUAAAUAUGAAUUCGGGUUUGCCCAUGUCUGCAGUGAUGACCUAUCUGUCGUAAUAAUUAGAUUGCGUUUUGGUAUAACUGGUCUGUCCGGUAGUUUUUACUGUUCUAAUGACUUUUAGUAUUCUGUGUUUUGGGUGGACUGGUGUCUGUCGUAGGCUUACAAUGAACCAAAAAUAGAUUUUUUUUCUGGGAAGAAACCUGUUCAUUCGGCGGGCCAAUAUGUUAUAAUUUGUAGGCUAUUUGGAAUACUGUGCGUCAUCAAAUUAAUUAUUAACUGACUAAGGCCAAUACAAAUGUCUGAUUACGACCAGAAAGAUGCAACCGAUAUUACAUGUGUUGAACAAGUUAGUUUUGACAACCAGAGCUUACCCUGGGUUGCUAUGAAACAAUAGCAUGCGCACUUCAUCGCUGACUUUCAUGAGGCAGGUCAGACCGCAGUGGUGAUGCAGCGCUCUGGGCUCUGCGAGCGUCCCCGAGUCCCCAGGCCCUGCGAGGCCGAUCAGGCCCGGCGGCUGAACGAGGUGCGGAGAUACGUGGAGGAAAGAGGGCUACAGAGUUGCGCUGAGAGCCUGUGCGUGGACGCGCUGCGAGACCCGCGCGCCGUCCCCGUCAACCCGUAUCCAGCCUUCACGCAGCGGCUGCGCCAGCUCGCGCAGGAGCGCAGGUUGACACUGAACAAGUCGAGCAGCGAUGAGAUGUUCAGCAGGGCAGUGUCUUUCCCCACGACUCUCACUGCCGUCAGACAUGUUGCAGGUGCUAAAGGGUGCUCCCAUGUUUGGGGCCUUCCCAGCAUCCUCCGCUGCGUCAGCCCACAGGAGAUAGGGCGCUACCGUUGGCUGCUGGAGGACACGACCCCCCCGCUCUCCAAGCUGGGCCACCACAGCCCUUACACUGUCCAGGUUGCCUGUGCUCUAACGGGGCCCUGCGUAUUCUCAGGCACUCUCCUCCCUGCCUCCCCUGCGCCCGACCUGGAUCUGCUGCAGACCUGCAUCAUCACCGGACCCGACCCGCACCGUGCCCGCUCCCUCUACGCCCAGUACCUGCGCCGUGAUGUCAUAAGGAUGACCCAGCAGGGCCGCCAUAGUGUGCUGAGAAUCACGGUGCCAGCUGAUGUCAAAGGAGGGGUCCAGGUGUUCUCUAAGGCAGAGGUGUCUUUGCAGGGGGCUGUGUUUGAGGAAGCAGUGCAGAGGUGCCUGGACUGGGACAGAGAGGAGUUGGUGAGGGUGGAGUGUGUGUGGAGGGUGGACCCCCAAGGCACCCAGUACCAGGGGGGCAGCAAGGCCUACUGCCUGACUGUCAUACAGACUGCCUCUGACCACCAGGAAAAGGAGAGGGUGCUCUCUUACCCACAGCGCCCCCUGCUGUUGCUGUGCUGCAGUGUGUUUCCACAGCAGGCUCAGGCUGAGGCUUUCGCUCGCGCUCACCUGCCCGCACGCCCAGCAGAAAGCGGCGUGGAUGUUUUUGCUCCGGUACGGGACGUCCUAGCGGGGAGGCUGUCUGCCCUGCACCUCCCCCAUGAGGCCCUCCCUGCGGCCCACCUCUGCUGCACUCUCCUCCUGCUGCUCCAGGACGUCCAGCCCAGCACAGACAGCGCUACACCACAGACAUCUCCCAUGGAGGCCCUGCGGCAGCUGUUCGGGUUCGUGUGGGGUCCGGCCGGCCGGCUGCGGGGCCUGCGGCAGCACGCUCUGCGCCUCCGCCGGCUCGUCCAGCUGCGGCCAGCCGAGGCCGCGGACGCGGAGGCGUGCGUCGCCCUGGCCCGCCAGCUGCAGCGCCUGCUCCGGGACUGCGCAACCGACGCAGACCCCCUCGGCAGCUGCUGCCGCGGCGACCAACAGGACCCCCCCCCGGAGAGUCUGCGCAGCUGCAGCCGGCUGCAGGCCGCCUGCGACCAGCUGGCCCGGGACCCCGGUCACGCCGCCGCCCUCGCUGAGCUGACGGAGUGGUGCUGGAGCAGCAGUGUGCUGGAGUGCCAGCUUGUGUCAGACGCCCUGCCGGGGGUCCCCCUCCUCAAAGGCUUCAUGCAAAGGGCUGGACACGGGGAAGAGGGAACGCAGGAGCAGGGAGACGCAGAGCAGAGAGCAUUGUGGGAGCAGGAGCUGCUGUACUGCAAGCCGCACACGGUGGACCUGACGCCGGAGACCUGUGGAGACCCCGCACGCCUUAAGGCUAGGCUCUCCCAGUACCUGGUGGACUGUGCAGUGGAUCAGUGCUGGGAGCAGUGUCUGUGGAAGGUGCUGUCUCUCUCUCCGCUGCCGUUUAACCCUUUCCCGUCCCUGGCCCAGGAGUUCAGGCUCGCUGCGCUCAGGACGACUCUCUGGCGACAGCCAGACGCUGAGGUGCAGAAGCAGAUGUUGCCCCUGCACACCCCCCAGCCCUGCCCUGCGGGGGGGCCCCUGCACCGUGGCCCCGGGGGGGAGGGGUACGGCCUCCCCAGCGCGCUCAGGGCCUCGCACCCGGACCGGCUCAGAGACUGCCUGGCCCGAGCGCAGAGCAUGGAGACCGAGCCCCAGCCCACGGGCAGAUUCAAGGUGGAGCGAAGCACAGCGGUCCUGUCUCCCAGCGCCUGGCUGGGAAUGCUCUCCCCCUUCCUUUGUGGACUGCAGGUGGUUGAGUUCUGCUACAUAACAGCGCCCCCUGGCUGCCUGGAUGAGGUGCUGCAGGUGUACUCCAAACUGGGCAAGCAGGAACGUCCCUGUGUUUCAGUGUUAUGUUAA